AUGGAAUAUGCCCAGCAGAUGAAGCUAAAGGAACGCCAGAAGUUCUUUGAAGAGGCUUUCCAGCAGGACAUGGAGCAGUACCUGUCUACCGGAUACCUACAGAUAUCAGAGAGAAGAGAACCUAUUGGAAGUAUGUCCUCCAUGGAAGUCAAUGUAGACAUGCUGGAGCAAAUGGAUCUAAUGGACAUGUCUGACCAGGAAGCACUAGAUGUCUUCUUAAACUCUGGAGGAGAAGACAGCAGUGUAUUGUCUCCAAUGUUAGGCCCUGAUUUUGAUUCCUGCCGCAAUGAAAUCACUCUUCAGGUCCCCAGCCAAGCAGAGCUUCGACAGAAACUGUCCUCGCUGUCCUCUACAUGCACUGAUUCAGCCAGUCAGGAAAACAGUGAAGACGGAGAGGAGUCACCAGUUAUCCAAUCAGAUGACGAGGACGUCCAUGUGGACUCUGUACUUCCAAAUGUUAGCCAUAUUAUUAAAGCCCAUUCUGAUGUUAGCGAUGAAAGCGAUUCACACACAGCAUGA